GUAAAUACAUGAGCAUUAGGUUGAUCACAAUUUCUUCAAGCAAAAUUAGAUUAGUGCUUUAGGGAAAUGUUGGCAUUUAUGAUUUGGGUGGAGAUUGGAACAAGAUGAUCCCUUAUCUUCUAAUUUUAGUGUCCUGUUUUUAAGAAAUAAAAAUAUCCUUCUAAUUUUAAGUGUCCAUAUUACAUUAGCAAGUAGGAUUUUUGGCAUAUUGCAGUCAGAACUACAUAAUAUAAUUGUGAAUAUAAUAUCUUUUGUGGGAGUAGGGUGAGAUUUGGAAUGAGAGCAUAUGACUGGUAAAUUUUGUCUUUUAACAUAAAAAAUAAUAGAGGCAGUGACAGUGGGACUGUAGAAUUAGGUGGUUUAGUUCAUUCCUUGGAGGACAGCAUUCUUUAGCUUUUUGGAGGUUUUUUCCAGAGCAAAUUGCCCAUGUCUCUAUUUGUUAAUAGAAAUAUUGAUAUUUGAAUCAAUGUUUGUGUCAGUACACUAAAGAAAAAAGGAAAAUGUGGUAAUAAAUUGAAUGUGUGCCAAGAGAUUUUAAUGACCACUUACUGAUGAUAACCAUGAAACUAUUAAUCCUCAACUCUGUUUCAGAAAGAAUAAAUUAUUUUCAUUAGAGUUAGUUUGUCAAAAUUCAUAUAAGAAAAUGAGACCUCAAGGAAUAGUUUUUUGCUUUGUUCAUUAAGCCUAAGUUCAGAUUUUCACACAUUCCCUCUCCACAUUGAUGGAUGAUUUUAUUUGGGGAAGAGGAGAUAAUCUCUUUCUAUAUGGUUUUUCACCAGUUACUAGAUGCUGCUGGUGUAGCUCUUUCUACAUAGUAGAUACCAAAUAAUCAUUGUUGACCAACUGACUUAAUCAUUAAGAUAACCAUAAAGAAUCAAUAAUUUGACCAUUUUUGCUGCUGUGAUGAAUCAGAAAUUCAAUCCCCUGGAUUAGUUAAGUGUAUAGUCAAUAAAUGCAUGGAUAGUAAAUACCAUAAAUGCUAGAAUAGUUAGAAUCCAUGAAAAAGGGAGAUUAAAAUGCUUUUUACCAAUUUCCUGAUUCUGGGGAAUGGGAUGUGGUUCUUAGAAACAAAUAUCAAAUAGAUAAAAUAUUUCCCUUUUAUAUUACUCUGUGAGAAUGAUUUUGUUAUGAUAAUGAAAAUGCAGCUGCCACACAUUAGGAAAGAUAAUAAGUUGGUACAUAUAAUUCUGCUGACCCAAGUAACUCAUGUCUUCAUCUUAUUUUCUCGGCAUUUCUUCAACUAGGUAAAUGUAAAUGCUGGUGGCAUUUGGCAAUCUAAGUAAACUGUUAGAGUUCAAAACCAUUCCAGGGAUGGAGAUUGAGUAAAUAUUAACAACCCACUUUGCUUAGCUGAGUAACUUGAAAAUGUGCAUAACAUCAGUGAGGAAGCUUUUGUCAGUCACAUCCUGGACCAAAUUAGUCUUAAAGUCCAAGAAAGAGUCAAAGUUCACUUUUGUGCAGAAGUUUCAGCCUAGAUUUUCUGCUUAUUGUUUGCAAGUUUAAGGCAAAGAGAAUGAUGAAGGAAAAAGAGAAAACCAUUGCUAUUGUGAAGGUUAUAGACUCUCCAAAGUUCAGACUGUUAUCUGGAAGCAUCUUGGAUGUGUACAACGGUGACCAAGGCAUUUCACCAGUUAAUAUGGGACUUACUAAUGCCUCCUGUCCAGGAAGUCUACCUGUGAAAAGGGAAACCCCAGAAACAGAUACCCGGGCUCUAGCAAAAGAGAGGCAAAAAAAGGACAAUCACAAUCUCAUUGAAAGAAGAAGAAGGUACAAUAUUAAUUACCGAAUCAAGGAGCUUGGCACUCUUAUUCCAAAGUCUAAUGAUCCUGAUAUGCGCUGGAACAAAGGAACUAUUUUAAAAGCAUCAGUGGAGUACAUCAAGUGGCUACAAAAAGAACAACAGAGAGCCCGAGAAUUAGAACACAGGCAGAAGAAAUUAGAGCUGGUUAACCGACAGCUUCUACUUCGAAUUCAGGAAUUGGAAAUACAGGCUCAGGCACAUGGCCUGCCAAUCAUAUCUUCACACAGUGCAAUUGAUUUGGCUGCCCAUACCACCAAUCAUCAUACGUAUACAGAGGAUAAAUCAGGAGAUUAUUCCCAAGAACUGACUCUGGCUGAGGGAUCAAGAUCUGACCUCUGCGAUGGAUCUAUGGCUUUUUCUUAUCCCUUGUCACACUUUACUGAUUUAUCAUUUAGUGCUGCCUUGAAAGAAGAACAAAGAUUGGAUCCUAUAUUAUUGGAUGAUUCAAUAUCUCCAUUUGGAACAGAUCCUCUGCUAUCUGCGACUUCACCUACAGUAUCCAAAGAGAGCAGUAGGAGAAGUAGUUUUAGUACAGAUGAUGGAGAUGAGCUAUAAGAAACAAACAGAACAAAAAAACUGAACAAACCCAAUCUUCACAUUGGGAAGAAAUUCUCUGCUGGUGCUAUGCAAUUUUGCUCUGAGCCUGGUAUAUUGCUGAGGCUUAAUUUUCGUAACAGAGUAAAUUGUUCAUGGCAAACUGAGUUUUGAGGAGUGUUGCAGCUAAGGAAGAGACUGCUUGAAGAUGCAAAAUUAAGUUGGAGAUAUUUUUGGCUAAAGUUACCUAAUUUGCAUGGAUACUUCUUUCUGUGUGCAGUUUUCAACCAAAAUUGAAAUGGUUCCCAAAUGUGUGAAAAUCAUAUGUAAAAAAAUAAACACAGAAUGUAGACUUCUACUUUGGAGUUAGCCCUGCACUGAAGUUUGAAAGUAGAAAUUGAACUAAGGGCUUAUGGACAGAAUCAAUUACAGUCAAUGAAAACUACAAACCUCUACUUAGUCAUUGAUUUCAAUUUUGUGUCCAUUUCUCCAUUUUGUCCAUUUUGUCCAUUCUCCAACAUUAAAAAAAAAAAAAUCAGUUUAUGAGCAACAAGAUUGACA